UGUCAUGGUUGUCGGAAGAAGAAAAAUAUAUAUUUUCCAAUUUCCACCCCUCAAAUGAAUUUUUCAACUUGUCCUUCCCUUUUACUUUUCUAGGAAGUCGCAUUAAGCAAUUUGUUUGACCAUGUUCUGAGGAACCGUUCCUUCAUUGCCACAUCUAACUGUUCUACUUUGUUUCACGUUGUACAGAUUGAACUUUCCAGAGUUUAGAUUCGUUAGUUGUUUUGUGAGUUUUGCAGAGAAUAUAACUCUUCCUUCGAUUCAACGCUUUCUUCCUCUUUUGUCACCUUACAGGUUCUGAUUUUGAUUGAGAAGGCUCAGGCUUCAUAUCAGAAUGGUUUCCGUUGAUAAUGGUAAAGAUGAAAUUGAAGAAUCUAAUGGAAGUAAAGUAAAUGAGUUUGCUUCCAUAGAUAUUUCAACUUCUCGAAGAACAAUGGUGGGCAAUGAAAAUCCUCAAAGAAAGUUCCAGGGCACCUUGAGUUCUAUUCCCAAUAGGAUCAACUUCUUCAAAUUUGGUUCUGCAUCUGCCAAAUUCAGGAGGCUUGCUACUGAGAAGGACCAGAUUUCGCAAGGCGUGCCUUCCCCGGGUUCUAUUGGGUUAAGAGAGCGCUUCAGUGGCAUGUUUGCUAAGAAACUUGACUGGGUUUCACUCAAGAAGAUGUGUUUAGAAUGGUUUAGGGACCCAAUGAACAUAGCCCUUUUUGUGUGGAUCUUGUGUGUUGCUAUUUCAGGUGCAAUUCUGUUCCUUGUCAUGACUGGUAUGUUGAAUGCUGUGCUGCCAAGGAAGUCACAGAGAAACGCGUGGUUUGAAGUGAACAAUCAAAUACUCAAUGCACUGUUUACCCUCAUGUGUUUGUACCAGCAUCCAAAGAGGAUCUACCACCUUGUCCUUCUGUGCAGGUGGAGUCCACAAGAUAUCUCAAGGCUUAGAAAGGUGUAUUGCAAGAAUGGGACUUAUAAGCCCCAUGAGUGGGCACACAUGAUGGUAAUGGUCAUUCUCCUUAAUGUGAACUGUUUUGCUCAAUAUGCACUUUGUGGUCUAAACUUGGGGUAUAAAAGAUCUGACCGUCCGGCCAUUGGAGUUGGAAUAUGCAUAUCUUUUGCUAUUGGUGCGCCUGCAGUUGCUGGUCUGUAUUCCAUUCUUAGCCCUCUAGGUAAAGAUUAUCAUUCUGAGAUGGAUGAAGAAGCACAGAUUCAAGAAUCUGUUGCUCAGAAGCAAGAGCCACUGAGAGUGAAAUCAUUUCAGAAGAAAUAUUCAUUUGCCUCCAAACAGCAGCGAAGGGUUAUCGAAACUAGACCACAGUGGAGUGGAGGAAUACUUGACAUAUGGAAUGAUAUUUCUCAAGCAUACCUAUCACUUUUCUGUACUUUUUGUGUGUUUGGUUGGAACAUGGAGAGACUUGGCUUUGGAAACAUGUAUGUUCACAUUGCUACUUUUAUGCUAUUUUGUAUGGCUCCCUUUUGGAUUUUUAUCUUGGCUGCUGUGAAUAUUGAGGAUGAAACUGUUAGGCAGGCUCUAGUAGCAACCGGGAUCAUUCUGUGUCUUUUUGGUUUACUGUAUGGUGGUUUUUGGAGGAUCCAAAUGAGAAAAAGGUUCAAUUUGCCUACUUAUAACUUCUGUUUUGGCAAGCCUUCAGCUUCUGAUUGCACACUUUGGCUAUGCUGUUGCUGGUGCUCUCUUGCUCAAGAAGUGCGAACGGGGAAUAGCUAUGAUAUUAUAGAAGAUAAAUUAUGCAGGAAAGAAGUUUAUUCUAGUGACCAACAGCUAAUGUCACCUUUGCCUCGUGAAGAUGUGGCAUCAAGCAAAUCUGGCACAAGUUCUCCUUUGGGUAACAACUCUUCCCCUUCUAUGAUCAAGCCAUCUAGUCCUCUAAAUUCAAGCGGUUUUGUUAAGGGGUAUUAUAGUCCAGAGAGGUCACUAUCUACUGUAAAAGAAGAGGUUCCUGAAAGAAGUAAAGAUGGAACAAUGAACCCACCAACUCCUCCAUCAAUACAAAGAGAAUCUCCUUAGUCCAUAAAGGUAAAAAAAAGACAGGGAUGUCUUCUGCUCCCUAAUAAACAUGGCAUUGUAUGGGAUGAUGGUCCAUCAAAUUUUGUGCUCAGUGUAUCCUAAGCCAUGGUUCUGUUCUCUCAGCUCUCUUUUAAUAAUGUAUGUCAACCUUGAAUUUUAUCUUAGGAAGUACAUUUUAGAUGUCGAUUGAGCCACAUUUGUGUACUUGAUUGGGUAGAUGUCUGUGUGAAGCCAAAGUCCUUUCUUUCUUUUUUGUGGUUUUCUUUACAAUUUUCCUCCAAUGUGAAUUGAUUUAAAUGACAGAGGGCAUGGUUGUAGAGAGCAUUGUACAUUCUUAAAUCUUAACGUGUGUUCCUUCUUGUGAGAGUAAAAUAAAUGAUUGUGUACACACAACCAGGUUUGUUUUCCAACUUGUAUUUUGGAAAACGACUUAUUCACAGCUGUUUCCCUGCUGAUCUCAAGGCAUUGAUGAAAUGCUUAUACAGCUUUCCUUGUUCAAUCCAAGAUACAAGGCGCACGUUUGUAUUGGUGUGUUGCUGUUGUGUUCUCAUUUUGUUAUAGAUUAAAAAAAAUAAAGGUUAAAUUGUUAUUUUGUCU